ACUUAAAGGCAGUUCGGUACUCGCACGUGGGUCUUCGUUCGUGUUGGAUGUGUGCGCGCAGGGAACAUCGCCAAUUGUAAAGGACACCAGUCAGUUACCACGUACGUGUCAUAAAAAGUGUUUCGCGCCGGAUAUUCCUUUCAUCGAAAAGCAAAACCUGCGAAAUUUACCGACGAACCCGUGGUAAUUAAAUACGAGUUGUCUCUGUGCAUUGUUAACGUCGACUUAACUAUUAAUAGACACACACACGCACGCACGUACACGCAUAUAUAUUUUGUUACGCUAGUAAAGAAAUAGAGCUACGUUGUUAGUGUGAAUUUCUUCCUGGUGAUUUUCCUUGGAAUUUACGACAACGUUACAGUGCAUCUAGUGACAGUGCUCCGAAAAGUUAGAGAUAACCAAAACCCACUUCGCCUAGAUGCUGUUGAGCCUGUGACGCGGUUAACGUUGACCCAGGUAACGAGCAAGGUGUCAAAAUUGAGCAAGUCGUUCUCUCGUCCGGCGGUGAUCUCGCCAAAAUUUGGAGGAUGUUGAUGCCUGGUGCCGCUGGUCUCAGUGCCGUCGGCGCAGUGGGCGCUGUGGGGGCUCCAGGGCCGGACGAGCUGGUCUCGGGCCUCGGUGCCCUGGCCGGCACCACGCCACAACAAAAAGACACCACGUGGACGAAACUGUUCGUCGGUGGUUUACCGUAUCACACCACCGACAAAAGCCUUAGGGAACAUUUUAACGUGUACGGUGACAUCGAGGAAGCCGUUGUCAUCACCGACAGACAAACCGGAAAGAGUAGGGGAUAUGGCUUUGUGAUCAUGGGUGACAGGCCAGCAGCGGAGAGGGCGUGCAAAGACCCUAACCCCAUAAUCGACGGUCGCAAAGCAAACGUCAACCUGGCGAUUCUUGGAGCUAAACCCAGGGGUAAUCUGCAAGCGACAUUCCCGUUCGCUGCUGGCAUUCGAGCUGGAUAUCCCGCGGUUCUUCCUGGUCAAUAUGGGGUGCCACCGGGUUACGUGUACCAGUCGCCAUAUUUGGCGGCUGCGGCGCCAGGUGGUUUGGUUCCGCUUCCGGCCACGCAGUUGACUCACGCGGCCGCGAUGGCAGCAGCGUCCCAAUUCUACGAGUAUCAAAAUGUCGCCGCAGCGGCGGCCAGUUAUCCAGGGACCUCGUACAAUUUCGCCGAGGCUUAUCCUUAUACCAGCGCCGCCGCGGCUGGUAUGUGUUUGAAAAGUGUCCAGAGCAAGGACAGCAACGGGCUGAUACACCACCACCAGCAGCACACCGGUAGCAGCCCUGCGGUGCUGGCACAACAACGAUUGGAGAAAGCUCUCUUGCCACCCUUUCUGCCGUCCGUGCUACGUAGCAACGCGAACGCAGCAGCAGCAAGUUACGUGACACCAUACACGUAUGCAACGCUACCAGGUGCUGCAGGAUUGCCAGCAGCAGCAGCUGCAGCUGCAACGGCAGCGGGUGCAGCCUUCCCUGGACUCCCGUAUCAAACGACACCUCAAGAAGCAAGAUUACAAUAGAGACUAUGACCAGUCACAGACAAGAGAUCGGCACCAUCGAAUCCGCGACGCGAUACACCAUUCACGCCGUACAAAUUUCAGC